GAGCAGGAGGCAACGGCCCAGGAGGAUGACUUACCGCCUCAUCUCUCCUCAGCAACAUCAGAGCGCUGUUGUUGGUUUCAGCACCCCAGCCCCCCAGUGGCUCUGAAUUGGAGCGAGGCCCCAGGGACAGAGCAGAGCAUCAUGCAGUGCUGCUCUCCUCCUCACGGAGCGCCGCUGGGCGGAGUCUCACACAACACUACAAAUUCACAUCUGCAGCAUCUGCACUCACCACCUCACCUCAUUUCUGCCACUGACCCAAGAAGAAGAACCACUAAAAGAUGACAACCUACACUGACAAAGGUGAAAAGCACGAGCAGGGCAGGUUUGUCUGCUUCGACCACAUCACUUUCUGGGUUGGAAAUGCCAAACAGGCAGCUUCUUAUUACUGUAAUAAACUUGGUUUUGAGCCCUUGGCAUAUCGUGGGCUGGAGACAGGCAGUCGUGAUGUUGUGUCUCAUGUAGUGAAACAGGGGAAGAUUAUUUAUGUCUUCACCUCUGCCUUGAAUCCUGGUAAUAAAGAGAUAGGAGAUCACCUGGUGAAACAUGGAGAUGGUGUUAAAGAUGUAGCUUUCACUGUAGAAAACUGUGACUUCCUGGUGGAGAAAGCGAGAGAACGAGGUGCCAUUAUCGUUAAAGAGCCUUAUGUUGUGGAGGAUAAGUUUGGCAGGGUGAAGUUGGCAAUACUUCAGACAUAUGGUGACACCACUCAUACUCUUAUAGAGCGGACAGGAUACAAUGGGCUUUUCCUCCCAGGAUUCCACGCUCCUCUGUUUUGUGACCCUUUCUUGGCAAAACUGCCAAGCGGGAAGCUGGACUUCAUUGACCAUGUGGUUGGAAAUCAGCCAGACAAUGAGAUGGUGCCAAUAGUAGAGUGGUAUCAGAGGAACCUGCUGUUCCACCGAUUCUGGUCGGUAGAUGACAAGCAGUUACAGACUGAAUACAGUGCGCUGCGCUCCAUAGUGGUGGCCAACUAUGAAGAAAGCGUGAAAAUGCCGAUCAAUGAACCAGCAAUGGGAAAGCGCAAGUCCCAGAUCCAGGAGUAUGUGGAGUACUAUGGUGGCCCGGGGGUUCAACACAUCGCCAUGAACACCUCUGACAUCAUUACAGCAAUCCGUAACCUAAAGGAACGUGGUAUGGAGUUCAUGUCAGUGCCUGACACUUAUUACCAGCAGCUCAGGGAGAAGCUGAAGCUUUCCAAAGUCAAAAUUGUUGAGGACAUCAGCAUACUGGAGGAACUUAGAAUCUUGGUGGAUUAUGAUGACAAUGGCUACUUGCUCCAGAUCUUCACCAAGCCAGUACAGGACAGACCCACCGUGUUUCUAGAGGUCAUCCAGAGACACAACCAUCAAGGUUUUGGUGCUGGAAAUUUCAAAUCUCUGUUUGAGGCUAUUGAAGCUGACCAGAACGCCAGAGGAAAUCUCACCAUCCUUACACCCAAUGGCAUAUCAGAGAAACUCUGAACAGGCUAUUCAUAGUAACUGCAUGGUACAUGUUAAAAUAUGAACAGCACUCUUGUUUGGUAUAUUUGGCAUAUUUUUGUUUAGCUUUCAAGCAUGUGCCAUUAUAUUUUGUACCCACAUGUUUCUUUACCAAAAGACACUUUUGACCCUGUGGACUUUUAGAAAAGAAACCACCACAGUGUCAUAUCCACAACAUCUCAACAUAUGUUUUAUGUUUAACAGCAUUCUGUGGUGGAAAUAACUGUAGUGGAAAUUACAUUUUUGGAAUAAAAUGUCUUUCAUCUUAACAAAGCUAA